GAAUGCGACGAGGCUGAUGCUCGUGUACAUUUGUCAGGAAGAUCUUAAGCUGACGUUUGCAACAAAUACGGGAAAAUGUGUAUUUUCAGUGUUCUGUUCGACAUGUAUUUACCGCUCAUAAGUGUGCGUUUAUUUAUAGUCUUUGAAACAAUUAUAUUGGGAAGCGUGUAACGUCUCAAGACGGGUGUUUUUUAAUUUGGCCAACAGCUUUCAUCAAAAUUUCCUGACCACUUAGCUCAAUUAUUUAUGACCUUUUAUUAUCACAUUUUGUGUUAUUUUAUUAUUUUUUUACAGGUUUGGCUUUUGGUUCCUGCUCCUAAAAUACUUAAUUGUUUGCUGUGAAAUACGAUGCAAAAUACGACAACUAACAGCAAAAAUGUUAAUAUUUAAAUUGAAACACUAACCCCCGAUGAAUGAGUUAAAUUUGUUAUUAAUGUAUUAAAAAACGUUAAUUUAUUCAUUCGUCUCGACAUUCAACAGCGCUGGGAAUCGCAAUGCAUUAUGGGAGCAAAACACCAUGAAGUGUCUCAUAAAAAGCCCUCCGAUGGAAACACGUCUUUGCAAUGCAUUUUCUUUUUACGAUUGGAAAUACGGCAACACUUCUGUGUGAAAUUUAAACUAUAAAACUAGAUUUGUAUCGAUUAUUAAAGCAGUAAUUGUCCGUCGUCACUAACAUUUGGUCGGCCAACUAUUUUAACUAUUUUCUGCUGCCCGGUGGGUAAUCAGUGCAGCACUCGAACGACAACUUGUUUCAUCAUAACUUGUUAGAACAUGAUGGCCCUUUUCAAGCUAGUUUUGUGUGGAUUUUGCUUUGUGAUCACGUUAACAAGCCGCGUUGGUUAGCUAAAAGAUCCACCUAUUAAUAACCGAGACAUCCGGUGAAUGAAGCUUAGCUAGCCAACUAGACGAGAUUAGCCAAGUACAGUAAACAGACAGCAGCAGCAGCAGGAUGGGCGACGGCAGUAUUACGACUAAAAUUGGCAGCAUGAAGGCUUUAAUCGGAAUAGCAGCUGGAGCUGGGGCUUCUUAUGGCAUAUACAAACUUCUAAGUGGGGGAGGUUUCAAGAGAUACAAGAAAAGUAUUAUAUGGGAAGGUGCUGCUUUGAAGGGCAGUCAGUCCAGUGAAGAGAGGCCUCGACCGGGCAGCCUUUUGGCCAAAGUAUCUGGACUGGAUGUCGUCUGUCCCAGAAGUGAAAGAACGGAUGCUGCUUCGGGUGACGUCAUCCAUCAGCCCGCUGGUAACCUGCAACCAGAACACCUGAAAAUGCUACUGACAUGUCUACAAACAAAUACAAGUCCAUCAGACAGGUGUCACCUCUUAAUCACGUUAGGAAACGCUGCUGCCUUUACUGUGAAUCAGAAUAUUAUACGCGAAUUUGGAGGGAUUCCAGUGAUAGGUGGCUUCCUCUCUGACCCUGCAUCUGAAGUUAAAGUGCACGCUCUGAAUGCGUUAAAUAAUCUGUGCAUGAACAUCCAAAACCAGGAGCAACUGAAGUUUUAUGUGCCACAAGUGCUGGAGUUGAUUGAGAUGUCUCCAGUGAACUCUGACCUCCAGCUCGGGGCUCUCAGGCUCCUAACAAACCUCUCGGUCACAGACAAACAUCAAUACUUACUCAAGGAGUCGGUGACCCUUUUACUCUCCCUACUUGUGGUGUGCAGUGAAACGUUACAGGUUCAGACAUUAAAAGUACUGGUGAAUUUGUCAUCUAAUCCAGACAUGAUGGAUGAUAUAGUUCAGGCUCAGGCACCGGCUUCUGUCAUGCUGCUGUUUGACGUGCAAACAGCCUCAGAGGUGCUUCUGCGGCUGUUGACGUUCACUGGGAACUUAAAGGCCUGGAGGCCGUCUUCGCAGGUGGCUGAAGAGCUGAGGCGGAAGCAGGACUGCCUCUUUCGGGUCAUGUUGGAUGAGACGUCGCAGCUCCACGGCCGACUGGUUCAGCUGCUGUCACACCCCGACAGAGAGGUUCAAGCACAGGUGGCCCGUAUAUUGACAUAGACCUUCCUAGUAAUGUUUUUUUUACUAUGCGUUGCCAAAGUCAUCAACCUAACAUCUUUGCAAUGAAAUGAGAAGAAGCGUUAUAUUACAAACUUUACAGUAUAAACCAGCAGUCCCCUGCCACUUGGUCUUGGUUUACACUUUCCACUAUUAAUUGGUCAGAAAAUAUUGAAUCCUUUUCACAGCAUAAUUUCAUUUUUUACUGCAAAGAUCCACAGUGUCCUUUAUUUAAGAAUUUUAUCAGAACAUCCAUUUUCUAAAGAAGGAUGAAGGAAGGAUGAGGCAGGACCCCUCAUAUUGUUGCGGACAAAGGAGUACUAUAUUAGGGCCAUAUUGGAAGAGAAAUAGUACAAUUCAGAGGGAAAAAGACAUAAUAUGAGAAAUAUGAGAAUAAAAUCAUGUUAAAAGUAGCUGUAAUAAUCCAACAAUAAAGUCAUCUCUUUCAGUCUUUCUGGAGACCAGACAAAUAUUCUUAAUUAGGGAUGCUCGAUAUCAGCAUAAAAAUGCCAUAUCGGUUGAUAUCGGUAUUGAUAUUUUAAAAAUGCUGUAUACAACGCAUACGUGUUCAUUCCACCACAGGAGAUAUGUCAUGUUACACAUAUUGAGAUCAGUAUCAGCUGAUAUUAGAUUCGGAAAUUGACAGUUGGACAAUAUCAGCAUAUUAAAAAAAAGCCAAUAUCUAUUCUUAAUACUAACAUUGAAUAUUACUCUAUACAUUACUAUAUAUUGAUAUAAUAAGAACACUUCAUUUUACAUUAUGGUGUUUAACACUGAUAAGAUCCCUAAUAAUUCUCAUCUUAAAGCAGUCAUACAUUUAUAAUUGAAAUAUUAUGACUUACCGUAAAAUAAUAUUUUUCCCACAAGGUUUUUUUCCCCCCUUUAUUUUAUCUUUAUUUGUAUAAUAUUGCAAGCUUUUUUUCUAUUAUUUAAAGUCAUGAAAUAGAUAUUUAAUAUAUAAUGAGAUGUUUUUUUCUUAAAAUUUUAUCGCUUUAAUCUGCAAACAUUUGAAGUAUUUUUAUGUAUUAUAAGUUAUAUAUAUAAUAUACUGUAUAAUAAUUGAAUCAAGUAAAAUUUGAUGUUGCUUUAAUUAUUAUGCCGUUAUUGUGGAAUUGAAAAUUACAAGCUUUUUUUCAUGUUAUUACAACUCAAGUAAGGAUUGUAAGUAAAACUUUAAUAUAGUCUGUAAUAUUACAACUUGAUGAGAUUUUUUUUUUACACAUAGCUGUGUUCUUAUGUAAUAUUAGGGUUGGAACUCCAUACUAAUACUAAUUUAUUCUUGUCAUAUUUUGACUUUUUUCUUUUCAAUAUGGCCCCAAUGAUGUUCCAAAAGCAAGUUUUUAUACUGUUUAUGCUACAAGCCUCAAGUCCACCAAGAAAGUGAUGCGUUGUAGUUCCAUGCGUAGUUCCAUUAUUCCUACUACCUGCCUGUCUAGCACCAAGAAAAGACAGCUGAGAUAGUUUGGGAUUUGUGUAAGCACACCAGCACCACCUGGAAGGUCAUUUAAAGGUGAAGCUGGUCAAUCAAGACCAGCAGAUUCUCCUGGGAAGACACAAAGAACAUGUUGGGACUGUGAGAGGCAUACAGCGUGAAUCACAUGCAGUGGUAAACACGGUCCUAUGUUUUCAACCAAUAUGUUUUAAACAGGAUUCCAGGAACAUUUGGUGGAUUACAAUAAUGACUGAAUGUUAACUACAAGUCUCAUUAUGUACUUACUUUAACGCGCCAGAUUGUAACGUGAGAUAAGAUCCACACACUUUAGAGCGGUGGACCCAUCUGCUAGCCUGGGAUAGAGUAAUAAGACGUGCACCUUUAUCAUUUAAAAUAUCUCAGGCAAUAAUGUUUACCAGAGUAUCUGGAGGUUGAUUCUCACAAUUAUUUCAUCUUAUUUAUUUAUGAUGCAGAAGCUUUGUUUUAUUUUUAUUUUUUGCUUAAAUAUUUAUAUAUAGGGCCAGUAUGUUUUGCAUAUUUAAUUCAGUGAAUGCACAACAUUGGCAAGUUUUAUGUUUAAAUUAGGAUUUUUUUUUCUGUAAAAUAGUCCAAUAAAUGCAUUACAGGUCACUUAUCUUUGUUCAUUCACUAUAUGUUCGAAACUAAUCACAUCAAACAAUCUCUAUUAUUCAUAAGUAUUAAUUUAUGGAUGCAUUUUUGCAAGGAUUGCCAUGAUAUUGCACCCUAAUGGUUCAUGCAUAUUUACCAGUACAUUAGGGAAAACUAGGAAUUUAAUGAUACAAUACAAGAGUUGUUAAUAAAAUCGGACCAGCUGUA